AUGAUCAUUUUUGUAUUCACAAGUUCAGAUAAACGAAUUUCUUGGAAUGAACACACUUUAUGUAAACCAAAACCUGAACGAAUAGCUCAAAUGUCAACAUGGAAUCCAACAGUGAAAGUCAGAAAAAAUGCAAUAGCUUUCUUAUACAGUGAUCAAGUACAGAAACUAGUGCCUAAAAUAUCUUUGCUCGAUAUACAGUUUCAGGAUAAUCUGUCUGCAGAUAUAGUUAUAUUCCAUACAGACUAUCCUGUCAAAGCACAUAUGCAGGCUAUUGCAAGUGUUACUAAACGUCAAGUUAUAUUUUACAACGUGGAUGAUGCAUUCACAUCGUUUCCAAAAGGAUUUGAUCCGUAUCUAGAAGAGCCAAACUGGAUGAAACGAGGAAAAUGGAAUUAUCAGCACAUGUGCAGAUUUUGGUUCAAACUUAUUAUGGAUAUUCCCUUAGUUCUUGAAUACAAAUAUGUAAUGAGACUAGAUGAGGAUUCAAAAAUAAUAGGAGCUUGGGAUGAUAUUUUUGACUUGAUGGGGAAAAAAAAUGCGGUGUAUUUUGGUAACGUUGAAGAAGCUGAUUCAGAGAAUGGUUUACCUGGUCUGAUGAAACUUAAAACAUUCACCAUUAAUUAUACAGAACUACCAACUGAUUCCUAA